ACCAUGCUGAACGUGCUGCUGCUGUGCUGUGGGCUGCUGCAGGGGAUCCAGGCUGUGCUGGAUCUCAGGACCGCUGACCUCAGCUGUGGCCACGUGCAGAAGGCGAGCGGCGGGCUGGAGCGGGUGGACAGAGCCCGCCAGGCCAGCCUGCAGCGCAAGGGCAAGGAGGCGUCUGCGGAGCCGGCAGGAACUCUCCCAAGGCUGGGGUUUGAACAGAUGGCCCUGGGGGUCCAAGAAGCUGAUGGUGACCUUGUGCAGAGAGGCAGCCUGCUGGAACCACAGGCAUCAUCCACAGAGCUGCAAGCUGAGGGCCGUGAGGAGCGCUCCCCCCGCCGCUGUGUCCGUCUCCUGGAGUCCUGCCUGGGCCACCAGAUCCCCUGCUGUGACCCCUGUGCCACCUGCUACUGCCGCUUCUUCAACGCCUUUUGCUACUGCAGGAAAAUCAGCACCAGCUUCCCCUGCGGCAAGAACUAGCGCCCCAGGGGCUGCCAGCUGCUCGCCCCUGCGUGUGCCUCCUGCUCUGCAGCUCCAAUAA